AUGGCCGCUUUUUUGCAUGUCGCACACCGCCAUAAUUUUGAGGCUAGAAUUCUUCGUAGAGAGCGAGUAUUUCGAGAAAGGAGUAAUCCUUUAGCAGAUUUUACUGACGGUGAACUUUACUCGCGGUAUAGAUUCGACAGAAACGGUAUUUUAUUUAUUUCGCCAACGGAACGAUCUUGCGCUAUUCCCGCAGAAAUCAAGGUCAUAAUUGCAUUGCAGUUUUAUGCUUGUGGAACAUUUCAAAGAACUAUUGGAGACACAAUCAAAAUUUCUCAGUCAUCCGUAUCCAGAAUAGUCAGCAUUGUGUCAUCAAGUCUAGCUAGAAAACUUGCUGAAUUUGUAAGGUGGCCAGCAGCUGCAGAUGAACAAAAUAUCAAAAGGGGAUUUUUCACCAUCGCUGGAUUUCCGGGCGUAGUUGGACUCAUCGACGGAACUCAUGUCCGAAUCUUGGCACCCUCAGAACACGAAGAGCAGUUUGUUAACAGGAAAAAUUACCACUCCAUAAAUGUUCAAGUUGUUGUGGACAAUAGGUGUGUGUUCACGCAAAUAAAUGCCCAGUGGCCGGGAAGUACCCACGACUCAAGAGUGCUUCGAGAGAGCCGAUUAGCGGACGUGUUUGGGCGCCACCGGCCGGCGGGGAGAGGGGAAAACAACGAGGAAGGUUACCUGUUAGGCGACACUGGCUACCCGUCAAAACCAUGGCUCCUCACACCGUUUCUCCAGGCAGGAAGUCGUGCAGAGGCAAGAUACAACGGUGCACACAAAACAACUCGAAGUCUUGUUGAACGGACGAUUGGGCAGUGGAAACGUCGUUUUCACUGCCUUCAUGGUGAAAUAAGGCUGUCCCCAGAAAGAACGUGCAGAGUGAUUGCUGCAUGUGCUGUGCUGCACAACAUUGCAAAGCAACGAGGCCUUCCAGACAUUGAAGAGGAUCACAUGAACAACCCUCCACAUCCACAGCCAGAACAACCAGUGCACCACGAUGAUGGCAACCUAGUCAGGAACCACGUAGUUCACACCUAUUUCCAGUGAGUUUAAGUUAUAAUCCACCAUUCUGAAUUUUACGUUUCCACUCUCAAAAAAGAGA